UUCAAGUUCAAGGGUGGUGCUUGUUUUACUUUCAUUUCGUAGUAUUUUGAACGGGAGGGGCACCACCUCUCCUCCACGUGCCUUAUUAGUAACUGCGAUAGGUGACCCACCAAGAGCUCCGCGAUGACCUCUCCCGCCGCGGUAUUUCCGAUCCUGUUCGCGGUAUUAUUUGAGGCGACAUCAGCUAAUGAUGCAUGUCAGUUCCACACAACCAGCAGCGGUGUACAAAAGCCCUUUGAUUUUUGUGGUAUCCCGGUUUCGUGGGAUGGUAGCAGGUUCUGCUGUGGGACAUGUGAUGAUCGAUACUGCUGCGCUGAUCCGCAGAAAAAAUUAAGCAGUGAAGCACAACGGGCCUGUUUAAGGAAAUUAUUUGAUAAUUUAAGGAUACGUCCAUCUACAGGUGCCGACGAUGUGACGAUCAUUGCCAUCAUGGUGCCCAUAAUAGGGUUGGUAUUCCUCUCCGUCCUGUUCAUCGUCUGCUGGGUCCAUCCUCGCUGCAUUCUCUAUAAGAAGUGUCGAAACCUAACACGAGCUACGAUUGGAACCGUCGUGACUACGCACUUCCUUCCGCAUCAGACUGUCAUUAAUGGAGGUCAGUACCCAACACACCAAAUGCUGCCAAAUAACCCGGAGUACGGCGGCCAACCCGUGCCAACUGGACCGUAUCAGGGACAGCGAUGUUUACCACCACCUUAUCAGCAGGCUGGUGCGGGAUAUCCUAUUCCUUACACUCAGCCUCCAUACAUCUGCGAACAGUAUCCCGUACAUCCACCAGCUCCAUCAGGUGUUGCUCAAAAUCAGGUCCCCAGAGACUACAAGCCAAUACCAGCCUUCAAUCCUGUUUACGUGGGAUCAUCAAAGACCGGUUACUCUGAUGAUUGCUUAAGCUACACAACCAGUGGUGGCUCUUAUAAUCCCUCCAAGAGCUGCAGUUAUGGGUUCUGCUGUGGGACUUGUGAGCACAGAUACUGCUGCCCGUUUGAAGCAAACCGCUUUUCAGAGAGCGCUCAACUCACCUGCAGUGUCAGGUCUUACGUGUCCGGGAGCGAGCCCUUAAGCACCACUGGCAUUGUGUUUACGAUUGCGGGGAUUGCCAUCGUCUUCAUUGCGAUCAUCACCUGUUGCUGCUGCUGCUGCUCUUGCUGCCAAAGUCAAAGACCUAUGGUGGGAACAACAACUACUACAGUGGUAAACACACAAUGCAAUAUGCAGCAGCCCAUGGUACAGGGAGGUCAGUACCCAGCAUACCAGCCUGUGCCCACACAGCCGGCUUACGCAGGGCAACCCAUGCAAGCCGGACAAUACCAGACACAGCCGUAUGUCGCGGGUCCCCCACCUCCAUAUCAUACAGUCGCAGGCCCCGGUCAGCCCCCGUACCUGAUGCACACAGCUGCUCAGGAAGGUUACGCUAACCAGCCACAAACAGACGCCUUUAAUCAGCCAGCCUAUAACCCGUCCUACAUGCAGACACCAAACUGCGGUUACUAAACCACAGACGUCUGUCACAUCAGUCAUCUGUGGAUUGUGUAGGACUAGGCACUUUCCUGCAUCACCAUGAAAAUGCCUUUUUAUCGCUUCUUAUAGUCAGUUGGCUUAGACUCUCUCUCUCAAAACAACAUCGGUCUUUGCCUUGCAAGUGUGCCUUGCAACUAAUUUAUUGUUACUUAAAACAGCAUUUCCAAAACUUAUUUCAGGGUCCACAUAUAUAGGUAUAAUCUGACCAAACAAAACAUUUCGAAUAUAACUUUUAAAUAUAAAAUCGCACAUUUUAUUUUCAAUGUUAUUCGUGAAUCCUUUUGUUUCGUUUGCAAUGCAAAUUGCCCAAUGGUGAGAUAUUCAAACCAUUUUCAUUCAUACACAUAACCACUAUAGUGGGUGCCUGACCAACAGUAUGAAUACCGCUUAAAGGUCCACUUUGUAUUAUAGGGUGUAUCUUUUGACGUAAAUGCAAUAUAAUAUCCACAACUAUUUCUUCAGAGGUGUAUAAAGACCUUACAUUAUAAAGUGUUAUGUUUUUAUUAUUUUAGAAUGAGCUAUUUCUAUCUACAUACACCACAGGUCCACUUACAUGGAACUUGCCAUGUUGUUUCUACAGCAGCCCUAAACAGAUAAACUGUGUUACAGAGCGUGUUUUGUACUGUAAAAACGUCAUCUCCUUGGACAAAGAAGCGAAAACGUGAUGACAUGUUGGUCCUGUGUCAGCCACCGUAGUGCUUCGAAAGGGAGGGGUGAGUGGUGGACUGAGACAUUGGUUGCAAUUCGCAACCACACAACUAGAUGCCGCUAAAAUCCACACAUGGAACUUUAAAGCAAUAUAACAACAGACAUUAAAAUGGAAAAAAAAUCAUGCACAUUUCUCACAAUAUAAAAUAUGAAAUAAAUGAUAUAAAAUGUGCACAAACGCUUUUACAGAAUAAAUGUAUAUCAAUGUAACAGAACCUUGUUUCAGGUUUCUUAAAGCUUUGGGAUUCCUUUCCUCUUGUUUUGCACUUUUUUGUUAUAUUUUUGUUACAUUAUUUUGUUAAGAUAAAUGAAUGUAUCACUUGGCCUUUUUUACUUAUUAAAAUGUAAGGUUUUCAACCUGUAAACCCAUUUCAUAAACUUGAUUUCAUUUGAUUGUAAGCUGUGUAAACUAUGCUGUGCUUUAUCUUUUGUAAAUAUUUAUCUGGCUGGAAGACGAAGUGGGUGUUUUUCUCUAUGUCAUACAUGUCAUACAUUUUUGACCAUGAUACUGUAAUAAACAAGUCUAAGCUAUGUUUUCCAACAAUGUAUGAUCAAACUUUAUGCAUAAAUUUACAGUAUUUGCAUUACACAAUAAAAUACUAAAAAGUAAA